AAGAUUCAUCAGUGUUAUGGUGCAGUGUUUUGCUUAAAAAAUAAAAAGCCAAUCCCAUUAUCUGUAAACACGGUUUGGAAUGGUUUCAAUUCUAUGGUUAAACUUAUUAGUUAAUGUGCACACCUAUAAAAAAAAAUAGUUCGAUCGACUUAAACAAUAAAAUGUGUUCCGUAUUAGUAACUGGUGCAAAUAGAGGAAUAGGACUAGGAUUGGUGAAACAUUUAUUAUCAAAUCAAGCGUUUAAUGUGGAGAAUGUAUUUGCAACAUGCAGAGAUAUGGGAAAAGCCAAGGAAUUAAUGGAAUUGAAAAAGAACCCACAACUUCAUAUUCUGGAAGCAGAUCUAAUUGAUCAUGGGUCAUUCUUUAAUUUGGCUUCACAAGUUUCAAAUAUUGUCAAAGACAAAGGUCUUAAUGUCCUUAUUAACAAUGCUGGAAUAUCAUCAAAAUUUACUAGGAUUGGCUUAGUAAAAUCUGAAGAUUUACUAAACCAUUUCAAAAUAAAUACCAUUGGUCCUAUAAUGUUAACACAGGCAUUAUUACCAUUAUUGAAAAUGGCUUCAGAAAAAGAUAAAUCAGCCACUGGAGUACAUAAAGCUGUAAUUGUUAAUAUGAGUUCAAUUUUGGGUUCAAUCACUAAAAAUGAUCAAGGUGGUUUUUAUCCAUAUAGAACAAGCAAGACUGCCAUAAAUGUUGCUACAAAAUCGUUGAGUGUUGAUCUUAAGAACGACGGCAUAUUGGCAGUUAGCAUUCAUCCUGGAUGGGUUAAAACCGCAAUGGGUGGUAAAAGUGCACCACUUGAAGUUGAACAGUCUGUUACAGGAAUCUGCCACUUCCUGAAGAAUAUCAACAAAUCUCACAAUGGUGGAUUUUAUGACUUUGAAGGGAAAGAACUUCCUUGGUAAAAAAAAUAAUUUCACUACAAUUCUAAAAGGUUUAAAUAGUAUUAUUAAUGCACAUAAUUUAGCAUUGUUCAAAAAAUUUUUUAGCUGAGAACAAUUGUAACAUUUUUUUAAAUAAACAUUUUAAGA